CUACAUGUCUUUGGUGAAAAUAACCCAAAUUUGCAUUUAUUAUUUAGUCUGUAGGAAAGUUAUAGAAUCCACAAACUAUGGUAUAGAUCUGAAAACUGAUCAAUCCUGAAGUACUGACGGGCAAUCUAAUUUCUUGAGGUCCAAGAAUGUCAGAACAGUACAGAUAUCCCUCAAAUGACCCCUUUUUGCAAAGUAGACAGUCUGACGUAUUUCAUAACAGGUAUGUCAAGUUUUUUGCAGUUGAAAUUUUUUUGUCAUAAUUUUUCGGACAUGAAGAAAAUUUCUUUUUUUUACAUACUGUCACCA